GUCACCGCCAUGGCGGCGGCGCGAGCGCGGCGCGCGGGAGCCUCCCUUCUUUCGGCUGCAGUCCGGCACCAGAGUUCCCAGAGCUCAUCCCCACAGCCAGGACUUGUUGCCAAAACUUCCCUGACUUCUCCUCCAUGGCCUGAAGUGAAACUUCCAGAUCCAGUGGAAGAAGCCAAGUACCAUGCAGAAGUGGUGCAGAAGGUGAACAGGCUGAUCUCCACGGGGCAGUACGGGCGGCUCUUUGCCGUCGUCCACUUCGCCAGCAAGCAGUGGAAAAUCACCAGUGAAGACCUCAUCAUGAUGGACAAUGUCCUGGAGGCUGAGUGUGGGGACCGAAUCCGGAUGGAAAAGGUUUUGCUGGUUGGUGCUGAUGACUUCACACUCAUUGGAAGGCCGCUGCUGGGGAAGGACCUGGUCCGUGUGGAGGCCACAGUGAUUGAGAAGACGGAGUCGUGGCCCAAAGUCAACAUGCGCUUCUGGAGGAGGCACAACUACCAGAGGAAGAAAAUCAUUGCAAACCCCCAGACCGUCCUCCGGAUCAACACCAUCGAAAUCUACCCCUGCUUGUCCUGACUGGGGGGAGUGGGCCUGGGAAUCAUUGUUUAUCCAGGCAAUUGUGGAAAUAAAAACUGCCUCAGUGCUGGGAA